AUGGGCAACCACGGCUCCAACUUGGACGACAUCCUCGCAGAGGACAUGCACCACUGGUACAACAUGUUCAUGCGCGAGUCGCCGUCGGGCCUCAUCACGCUGUUCGAGCUAAAGACCAUCUUGGGCCUGAAGGGCUUGACCGAGAACGCCAACAGUUACGUGGACCAGGUCUUCUACACCUUCGACAUGGAUGGGGAUGGUUAUAUCGACUUUGUGGAAUACAUCGCCGCCAUCAGUCUGUUGCUGAAAGGAGAAAUCAACCAGAAGUUGAAGUGGUACUUCAAACUCUUUGACCAGGAUGGCAAUGGAAAAAUAGACAAGGAGGAAUUGGAGACUAUCUUCUCGGCAAUUCAGGACAUCACACGAAACAGAGACAUCGAUCCCGAAGAGAUUGUCACACUCAUAUUUGAAAGGAUCGACGUGAAGGGAGAAGGUGAGCUUACCCUGGAGGAGUUCAUCGAGGGUGCCAAAGACCACGACGACAUCAUGGAUAUGCUGAAGAACCUGAUGGACUUGACGCCGGUGUUGAUCAUCAUCGUGGAGGGUCGAAGACCAUGA